UCAGAAGUUAACGCAGAAAGUGAAAAUCAAAACAAUAUCGAGGAGUUUCCCGAGUGAGUGAGAUCUACAGAAAAACACACGAUGAGGAUCCGUAAACUCAUGGCUCAGAAAAAAGUCUGCCAAACUCUUCCUUCUUCAACUCCGACAACAAUACCAGUAAUCCCUGCUUCUAGUACUGUUCAGUGUGUUCCAACUAUUUGUGAGGAGGAGGAGGAGCGUGUGAAUAAUUUACAGACAAAAAAGGAAGAAGUUGUUGGUGUUUGCGAGCUGAAUAUGUCAGUAUGGGAUGUGAUUCCAGCUAAAGACCUUCUCUAUUACUUCUCAGAUGAAGAUUUUAAGGAUUUAAACUAUGAAGAAGAAGAUUAUGAUGACGAUUAUGAUGAUGACGAUAAAAUUGUAGACGAAUCAGUUAAUGCAGAAGAAGAUCAAAUAAGUUUCCGUAGAAAUGGUAUUGAGCCCGAAGAUGAUGAUGAAAAAACUAAAGAAGAAGAAUUGGUAGAGAAACAAUAUGCGACGGCGUAUAAAAGGAAAUUGUGGUUAAAGUCAUUGACGAAGAAGAAUAAUGAGAAGAGGAAAAGAGAUUGCCACGACGAUAUUGAUAGUAAUGUAAAGGAGGAGAAGAAGAAGAAGGAGAAUGGAGUAGUGUAUUGUUGCAAAACUGAUGGGCAAGGAUGGCAUUGUCGAUCAAAAGCACAAAAAGGGAAGCCAUUGUGUAAACAUCAUUUGAUUCAAAUGCAACGUAAUUUAGAUCAUCAGAGAGAUAAUAAUCAGGAAAAGAAGAUUCAAAAAUUGGAGAAGAAGACAGCAAGAAGAGGUAGACCACCAAAGGAAUCCAAUACUACUAAUACUACUACUACGAUUCGGGGAAGAAAGAACAAGGGGAAACUAUCGGGGAAAAAAUCAUCUGAAUUUGUUUAUUAUUCCGGGUUUGGUCCGUUGUGGGGUAAGAAUAAAAGAGGAAGACCACCAAAUGAAGUUAAAAAACAACAAGAAGAUGCAGAAGAGGAAGACGCAAAAGAGGAGGAAUGUGAAAAAUUAGAAGAAAAGCAAGAAGUUAUUGAUGAAGCCCCCCUAAUUGAUGAUCCAACAAGUCCCAAAAUGAAUAUUGUAAAAGAGGAUAACAAUAAUGGUUGUAUGUUCAUCGAUGACGAGUUUGAAUCAGAUGAUGAUGACUCCGAUGAAGAUUGUAAUGGUGUUAAUGUCAGGAAAAGAUAUCGAAAACCCAUCAAAGCUAGAUCACUUGCAUCACUCUUUUGAGCAUUUUUUUUAGUUUUUGGUUAUUGUUUGCUGUAUUUUUUUUUUCUCUGUUGCCCACUCUAGACCAAGGGAUAUACUGUUUGACCUUGUUCUAAGGGCAUUUUCGGUAUUUCAAACGUUGGAAUGGAUGUUUUAGGGGAAAAAAUAAUGUUACCACUAUUUUAAUCUAGAACCACAAAUUUCAUUA